AGGAGCGAGGAGGAGGUUUUCGCUGGGGCGCACUUUCUACGCCGAAUCACAUCGUCGCAGAAUCUUAUCGUGGGUUGUCAUCCGGUGGCAGCGACCGCUGGUUCGUUGGCUGCAACAAACGUAAUCAAAACAAAGAUCCGCCCAACAUCGUUGUCUACAUCGUCGUCGUCGUUGAACCCUCGGAGGAAGCUGCGUGUGGUAAGAAGUAGACUCCCGCAUCUCGUCCACAUCAUCAGAUCCGGGAACCACCACCAGCAGCACCACCAGCAGCAGGGUUUAUCCCCGGGCCGACAAGAGGAUGGCAGAAAAACGGCGAGCCAAGAAACGCAAGGAUGAGUACACGGGCCCCGGCGGCGCAGAUCCGGAGAUCGAGAAGGCCUCGAAGGACGAGUAUAAGGUAGCGAAAUGGCUCAAGUCGAAUGUGCCGACGAAAAAGACCAAGUUUCUCAACCACAACGUGGAGUACUUUUCCGGUGUGAAAGCCGUGGACGCACUGCUAGCUUCCAAGUUCGCGCAAGGCGAUGGGUGCCUGUUUCCGCACCGCCAGGCCGUGAUCGAUUUUCUCGGCGAUAUGCUGUACCAUAAGUUUUACCACCGUGCCCGGAAGGUCCCGGUAAGCGAACAGGAACUGCGUGGCAGCAAGAGUAGCAAAAAGCAACAAAGCAGCACAGCGGCGUCCGAGUCGGCGAAGGAUGAAGGCCGUGGGACGGAUGCGGAAAAUAGCCACGCCGAGGGUGGCAAGGGAGCGGCCGAGCUGGCGGCGGAAAGCGCCAAGCGAAAACGCAAGAUACGGCUCGAAAUGCACCCGGAACAGGUGUUUAUCGAUGGGCACGAGGCGUACGUUUGGCUGUACGAUCCAAUCCCGAUGCACUACUGGAUCUUUGGCGCCCUGCUGGUGGUGGGUGCGAUUGUCAUCUGUCUGUUUCCGCUCUGGCCACCGUUACUGCGAAAGGGCGUCUACUAUCUCAGUAUCGCGGCGGCCGGCUUUCUGGUCUUCAUACUGGGCCUGGUCGUGCUGCGGUGCAUCCUUUUCUGUCUGAUUUGGGUCGUGACCGGUGGUAAGCACCACUUCUGGCUACUGCCCAACCUUACCGAGGACGUGGGCUUCUUCGCUUCGUUCUGGCCACUGUACAACCACGAGUACAAGGAUGGUAAAGAGGGCUCUGGCAGUGAAAAGGGAGGUAAAAAGUCCAAAAAGCGAAAGCAAAAGGACAAGGACAGUGGUGGUGAGGAGGAGCCCAGUUCCGUGCCGCCAACCAUCGACGAAGUGAAAGAACGACCGGAAACCGAUGCCCCGGUAAAGGGUGACUCGACAGUGGAAGGAUUGAGGCAUCGUGGUGGUAAGCCUUCGCCAAAACAGCAACAGGAACCGACACCAAUGGCGCCUGUGGCAACCACAACCACGGUGCUUACGGCAACAGAUGAGGAACCGACGGACGAGGAGAAAAACUCGGAAGGCACACCAUCGGAAAGUGAUUCGGAAGGAUCGCAGCGAUCGUCAACGGGGAAGGACUUUGAAAUGGUGGAACCAGAUGAAGUGGACAUUUCGUAAGCCGGAAUCCCAAAACGACACAUCGAGGCAAAACUCGCAUUCGCAAUUAUUUGACAAACCCCCCUAGAACGCUCGCCAUCACACCGACCCUUUCGCAUCGAUUGAAUUGACUCCGCAUGAACAUGUUUACUGGUAUCGUUGCCACAAACAUACUCCACUAAUUCCCGUUUCCGAACCAGAGAGUUGUUACAUCGUCACGUUCGUCAUGAUUUUUUACUGUUGAUUCGUCCGCGAUCACCUCGAUGGAUUUUAAAUUUCAAACAAUUUGACUAUAUGCGCUCAACGAUUUGUGAUUAGAGCUGUACCAGCAGAACUUGACUCUUGCAGAAAAAAGUGGAAUUUGUUAGACAGUUUGACCUGAUAAGAUAAAUUGACACGCGUUAUGGAUUACGUAUGGAUCGAUGUCGAUGAAUCUGAUGAGCAGCACUAAGCAUGAAUCGAAUAGACAUGUUAGAUAAUAACGAUGAUAAAGAGAAAAAAUGGUCAAAAAUCCAAUGUAGAACCCUAGCUACACGGACCCAUGCUACUGUGGUGUGAGUCGAACUUCUUCUGCAUUAUCAACGUACGUUAUCACUGUUCGCGAACGAGCUGGCGAGUUUGACCUAGACGAAAUCGAUGGCGACGGUACCCCGAACGGAAACUGAGGAAGCGCAACGCGCAAUCGAACACAACGAGCAAAGAAGAGUAUCAUGUAGCGCGUCUCUGACGCUUCAGGCUAUCAGGCCAGGCUCCUUCCACUCCCCGCCCCGCCCCCCCUAAACGCGUGACGGAUCGUGGUGACGUAGCGGCGAUUACUGAAGCGGCGAGUCGCCGCAUUAAAAUGUGGUAAAAGCGUAGAGUGACCAGACCGAUCAGACGGUGGGCAAUCUUUCGUCCGCUGGGUGUUUGCAGUUAGCCUGCGGUGCGUGUAAUUUAUUACGAAUUUGGUAGCGAUUCUCUAAUUUAUAUCCCCAGUAUGGCAGACCUCCCCGCCAGCAAUCUUAAUUUAUAUUUAACCCAAUAUUUGUGUAGUGCGCUAUGAGGUCUGGUGGCCCUAGGCACCGGAUAGGCCGUAGAAGUAGUAGCUCCUCGUGCUGCAGCCUGCCUAUGCUGUGUCGUGGUGCUUUUAAGCCAGUUUGCAGCAUACAGCAAUACACAUCAACAAACAAACAAACAAACAGACAAACAAACACUAUAACAUCAAAAUCAAAGUGCAAAAACUAAGUGUGCAAGUGACGAGGACUCUAGGGAGAGGAAAGGUAAGAAUACAGAAAAAGAAUCAGAAACAUGAUUUUUUUUUUGGUUAGUGUGCAAGUUAGGUACGAAUAUAUUCAAUAAACUUUAUGGUAUGAAAAUUAUUGACUAAAA